AUGAUAUUACCUGGGAACCCCGCUAUACUCAUUUCUGCUCUGUGCUCCUGGCAAUAUCUUUACGAUGCAACGGAAUUGAGCACACCAUGGAACAACCUAACAAGCCAAAAUGACACCUUACGGAUAAGAUGUGGCAGAUUAUUGAUGGGUGAAACCAAUGUAGAAGCACUGCUUGAGCAUAAUAAUACUGUACCGUGGGAUAUGUUCAUCGGUUCAGUGGAUGAAAAUCACGAAACCUACCUGCAGGACGGUUCCGAUGUAACAAAAUAUAAUGACAGCUCUAACUCACGAUCUAGAAAAAGUAGUCCCCGCGACAGUUCAAGGAAAAAGUCGAAAAGUACGAUGGAUCGUGGUAAUGUGGACAAAUCCAACGAGUCUUUAAACUUGAAUAAUUUUGAUGAUCAUCAAGGCAAGGAAAGGUUUGGUGGAUCUACCCAUUUUGGCAGCACGGAGAGUCUGCUUGAAGGGCGAAGUGAUCAUGGUAACGACGUUGAUGAGGACGUUAGCGCGUCCAUGCUCUUUGACAGCAGGGAUAGUAUAUUCGAGAAAGGAGCCCAUGAUAUUUUUAAUAAUAACCAGAAAGUUCAUAAAUCUGCAAAUGCUGACAGCAUGGAGAGUCGGCUUGAAGAACGAGACGAUGACGGUCAUUUCAACAGUUGCCAGGAAAUUACAGAAUCCAUGACCUUUGACAGCAGGGACAGUUUGUUCGAAAAACGGGAUGAUGUUGAUCUCGAAGAAAACAACAGAAUGGUUGAACCAUCAAAAUAUCAUAAUAAGCACAGGAGGUCCUCUAGUAAAACAAGUAUCGAUAUAGAAGAUGAAGUUUUCUAUUACUUAGAAAAAAUACAACAGCGAAAUGGAUUUUCCGGCAUUCAUAUUGGAGAUUUCCUUGAAAACACAAUUUGGGUAAAAUAUUCAGAAAAGUAUCUUCCAAGGUUGGAUCAGAGGGGUUGCUACUGCCCUUAA